AUGCGUUACAUAUUGUUACUAUUAUUUCUGAUUAUAUGGUAUCAGGAUACACACGGUUAUGAAAAAAUUAACAACGAUAUAAAAAAUGGACAAAAUCAACCAAGAGAAUUUCGAGCCUUUCCAGAUUUGUGGAAUAGCGUAAAAAAGAGCGCUGCAAAUACAUGGGAAACCUUGAAAUUAAUGACAAACCGUACAGGAGAAAAAAUAAAAGAAUGGUUUAAAAACAUAAAAAUUAGGGCAAAAAAGGCUCAUGAAAAUUUUAAAAAUAGAAUCCAGAAAAUGCAAGAGAAUAUAAAGAACAUCAUUGAAGAGUUUAAAGUUACGGGUCAAAUUGCGAAAAAAUGUAUUCAAAAUGAGCAGAAGGCGAUCAAUGAAAUCUUAAAGGAGAUAAUAGAAAAUGUUUCUACUUGUAUAUCAAAAAGUUUUCAUGCUCUGUCUCUCCUGGAGUCAUCUACUAGCGCACAUGUAUUACUUGAUAAAACUGAAUAUAUCACUAACGUAGAGAACAAACUAUAUCAGUGCCUUGAUAACGAAGAUGUUGAGGAAUGUUACAACAAUGUGAGGAAGAGUGCCUAUGAUAAUUUAGAACGUGAGGAAAAAGAAAUACUUCAAAACAGAGCUGACUCUAGAGCCGCCACUGAUGACAUUUUGGAUACCAUUGUUACUUGCACCAGUAAUGGUCUUAUAAAAGCAUCUGAUGCCAUUGCAAACACCACUCACCAAGUUAUUAAAUGUGUCAAAAAGGGAGUUUAA